UGCGAAUUAGGUAACUAAGCCUUCACGCAAAUUUCAGCAUCGAGGAAUAUCGAGGAGGGCGAACGGUGCGAGAUUAUUCCAAGCCCGCGACCAAAUUGCAGCAGGAGACCAGCACGAACCGCCAACCGGGCUCGGUAGUGAUUCACUUUCUGAGCUGUAAGAAGUGUCACGGAGAACACGGCCCUCCUUACUCCCAUAGCCUUUCGCAGAGGUAAGUUGUGCAUCUCUAGCCUCCAUUUUCUCCCAGUGGGCUGCGAGAUACCGUUACAAAGGCCGCUAAGAUGUUUGCCAGCACUUGGUGACAGGAGCAUGCAAGCAUUGUCCUCAGAUGCUCGAUAACAACCAUCCCCAGUCCCUAGGAUAUAGAUAGUCACAUAUAGAUUUCGUUGCACUUAACUUAAAGGGAAUGAAUUUCCACAAAGUUGUAGACUUUGUCAUUCCCGUAGAAAAGCUUUGGCUACAUGCGCUUCGAUACAACAGUAUACGGACGCCAGAUUCCUUUCCCGGGCACAAAACAAGCGGAGGAAGAAAAACAUGUGAAGGAGAUGGGCACGAGAAGCCACCGAAUAACGAGGCCCAACGACAAACCGAAUUUUGCUGCUGCAGGAACACCCGAGCUGUAGGCUGGCUAGACGUACCACCUCUACUCCCGCCAUGUGCGUGUCGUAAAGGAGAGACUAGACAGGGAAACGGCUGCCCGGGUAGGCUAGAAUCGGGCUAUUAUGCACGGUCAGUAGGACGGUGAAGCAAGUCUUCCCUUCACGUCUGCCGGGCUGCCAGAUAUCAAUCGCCCUGCUAUACAUACACACAACAACAGCAAAACACCCGUUUUCUGACCCGUGAUCGCCGCCGAGAUAUGACCAAAACAUCACCUGCCCCGUGGGUCGGGAGUUGUUCUGGUGCCGCAUGUGCGGCGUUCCCUCUUCCCCCGUUACCUAUCCAUCUCCCAUACACAAACUAGAACCAGAGGCAUAAGACAUUACACUUUUUUUCUCUUCAUUCGUUCCGACGGACGGAAACUGAAGUGCUGUGUGACCUUUCAUUGGAAAAGAAAAGGGCACACAAACCACCUGAUACAUCACCCCCUCGGGAAGUCUCGUAGGGAAGAGACAAACCAAUGGAGGCAGCCAAACACCAAUCUAGAUACCUAUGUAUCUAUCUGCACACCAGAACCACCACAGACGAAGAAAAAAGAAAAGGAUGAGGAGAGCGUCGGCAGCCGGCACGGAAAAAACAAGGUGUGGCGUCGAGGCUAGCAAAUGCAGUAGCAGGCAGAUCCGGGACAGACACUAUGGAAUUGGGGGGGGGAACAGCCCGCUGGGUAUUCUAUCAAGCAGAAGCAGGAGCAGAAGUAGAGCGAUCCCGCCCUGCCGGGGUUGAUAUAGGUGGAGUCCUCCUUGUCCUUUACACCCAGGUAUAUAUAUGCCUGGCCUAUACGUGCAUGUACAUAUUACAUGUACACCAGGCAGGGGAUGUGUGGAUAUGUGUGUAUGUGUGGGACGCCCGAGAACAGCCUGAUAACGGGCUCGUUCGAGCAAAAAAGCGAAAACGUCUCAACAUGGCGUACAGACGCAUGCGUGCAUUGCAUGCAUGCAUGUACUUCUUUUCUGCUGCUUUGCCACCUCGAGUCCUGGCGGGUAAGAGCGUGUGUCUCACGUCCGGGGGACCAAGACCAGCGGCAGGGGGGAAAGAUGAAGACGAUGAAGGGCGUGAUGAUGAUCGCGGCUUCGGCCUCCCACCCAAAAAAAACAAAAAAAGAAAAGAAACAAACGACAAAAUGGUACUUUUGCAGCUGCCACGUUCGGGUAUCCGCGAAUGGAUAGAUCGAUGGAUAGGCCGCGCACCACGGCGAGGAGCUAACUCUUCCACUGUUUCUACUCGCUGCGUGCACGACGUUACGCAGGCGUCACAGGUUCUUCGAGGUAAAGGAGGGCAGACGGGUUGCCCGACGACGUUUGACGGCUUGGGUUAGAUGGGAGGGGGGAGGGGAUCUCGGAACCACAAGACAAAUUCACCCUCUCAGGUUUUCUCUCUCCUGGCUGAGCGCCGAGCCGGAGCUUUUUCUGCUGUGGAAAAUCUUCUUUUUCCCUUCUCCGAGACACAUUGCACCCCCCGGGCGCCAAAGAAAAAUAACAUGCACAUCAUCCCGAGAAGCCCCAUGGCCCC